CUGCGACAAAGAGCCAUGAACCACCCCAGACAUAUGGGCAAGAUAAGGAAGAGGCUGGAGGAUAUCAAGAACCAGUCCCUGAAGUUGACAAAAGUGGACUUCAGCCACAACGAAAGCAUCAGAUUGGCCACCGACGCCUUCUUGGAUGGUGGGACAGACUCUUACCGGGAAACUCUAAGCAAAGAGGGUGAGGUGGAUUUCCUUUCCUCGGUGGAAGCUCAGUACAUCAAGGAUAACGCCCGGGAGUCUUAUUAUGCACAGGAGUCCCCGGGUGCCGACGGGGCAGCCGCGCCAAAGCAGAACGACGCCGGGUCGCUGCCUUCGGGGACCUACUUCCCCACCAUUUCUGACAGCAGUGAGCCGGCUCUGCUCCACACAUGGAUUACUGCAGAGAAGCCCUAUUUAAAGGAAAAAUCCACGGCCACUGUGUAUUUCCAAACAGAGAAGAACAGCAACAUUAGAGACAUCAUACGCCGGUACAUCCACAAGACCACUCAGGUGUUGGCCAUUGUGAUGGAUGUGUUCACAGACACUGAGAUUCUCUGUGACCUCCUGGAGGCAGCUAACAAGCGCAUGGUCUUUGUUUACCUGCUGCUGGAUCACAGCAGUGUAGAUCUCUUCUCGGAGAUGUGCGACAAGCUGCAGAUUUCUGAGGAUCUCUUCAAGAAUAUUUCAGUCCGCAGUGUUACAGGAGAGGUUUACUGUGCCAAGUCAGGCAGGAAAUUUUCAGGAAAAAUUCAAGAAAAAUUUCUUAUCUCUGACUGGAGAUAUGUGCUCUCUGGAUCUUACAGCUUCACGUGGCUCUGUGGCCAGGUUCACCGCAACCUCCUCUCCAAGUUCACGGGCCAGGUAGUGGAGCUGUUUGACGAGGAGUUCCGGCACCUGUACGCGCUGUCCAAGCCCGUGCGCGGCCCCAAGACGCCGCCACGCAGCCUCCCCUUCCUGUUCAGCCGGAGCUGGGCGCCCCCGCGCAGCCUCCCGUAUAGCGAGCAGGGCAGCGCCAACACCCUGUCCGACUUCAGCAGCCUCUCCGCCGGGAGCACCCACCAGAGCAAGCAGAGCCCCAGAACGCUCAUGUUCAACAGCAACUUCAGCCCCCAGUCACCUCUGCAGCGAGUCAAUUCCUUCCACAGCUAUGUGUCCUUCACCCCCCCGCCUCCACAGCAGGCCAUCCAGCCUAACUACUACCAGCCACACUACAUGGCCGAAAACGCCACCGUUCCCUAUAACAACAUGAACAUGAACAUUUACAGACCUAUAAGGCUCAGGCAAGAGGAACCGAACAGGACGGGGUUAAGCUCAUCCUGGAGAUGCCUCCACAAAGCUAACCUGUUUGCAUAA